AUGGUUUUAUUUUCAUUAAACAACCAGUUGCUUGCCGAAAUGCUUUCAACGAAUGAGCAUUUGAGCCAAGUCAGUUGUCGACAAGAGCAAGAUGAGAGUACAACUCCCCACAUAAAUCAACGUCAUCGAUUUCUGUUACAACUGCAAAUCUCUCCUAAUCGUGAUCGCCCGCCAACCAAGGAUAUAUUGCUCAGUUUGCUCAAGUUUUCGUCUACACUGGGAUCAGUGUACUCCAAAUGCAUACAGUUAAUUAGUGCCAAGCGGGAUCCAAGCAGAAAAAGCUGGACUGUCUUUGUGAAUGUUCCCGUUUCUGCUGAGACUCCGCCAAGCUGUGACAUGUUUGGUGGUCGUUCUCCGCAUAUUAAUUUUGAAUGUGAGUCCCUUGAAACUCAAGACGAUAAGGACACUAUGAGGUUCAAACUGGAUUACAGUGAUGCACUCAACCGUCAGCUGAUGGAUCCAUUGGACAGUAUUGAAGCCCAAAUGUUCAUCAAUUGGUAUUUGAACGGCCAGAUCAUGGGUUGUCCCGUCAUUCGAUAUGACAUCACCCAUCACCACUUUGAUAAAGCUUCUCACAAGGGAUAUUUCA